CAUAGGCAAAGUCCUUCAGUUUAUCCAAGAAAGCAGAACAACAGCCAUACUUGUGUACCCAUACUGGCCAACCCAGGUGUGGUACCCACAGCUCCUACAGUUGAUGAAAUCUCCUCCAAUAUCAAUCAAAAUGCACCGCAAAACCAUUAUUCUCCCACAUCAACCAGAACAAGUCCACCCAUUAUAUCCCAAACUUCAACUUCAUGGAUGUCUCUUAUCAGGGCAUCCUUAGCUGCUCAAGGCAUAACGGGGGAACCUCAGGACAUCAUCGUGGCGUCAUGGCGAGAUGGAACCCGCAAACAAUACUGCACAUAUAUUACAGCCUGGUUAAAGUACUGCUCUGAUUGUAACAUCAGCCAAGUCAAUCCCAAGCUGCAGCAAGUCCUUGAUUUCCUUACUCUGCAAUCUAAACGUGUGGGAUAUAGUGCAGUUGCAACUGCCCGAAGUGCACUGUCAAGUUUCAUUAAAGUUGAUGGUGUAAAAGUGGGUGACCACCCCUUGGUGUCAAGGUUUAUGACUGGCCUGUUUAAUCAAAAGCCAGCCCCUCCACGCUACUCUGAGACCUGGGACCCCCAAAUAGUGCUUAACCACCUUAAGACAUUUCCAGCUAUUGAUGAUAUGUCACUGAAACAGCUUACCCUGAAACUGGUCAUGCUUAUGGCCCUAUUGUCUGCACAGAGAGUUCAGACUUUACAGUCCUUGUCCUUGGAAGAAAUGAGUACCCUACCUGGAAAGUAUGUCUUUCGCAUCUCUUCUGUUUUAAAACAAACAACUGCCAAAGGGGGCCAGAACAGACAUUUACUACCUGUUACUUUUCAUAGUUACCCCCUGGACAAACGACUGUGUAUCGUGGAGCUACUUUCAGCUUAUGUUAAAAGAACCGCUACUCUCAGGAAAGAGACAAAGCAGUUGCUUAUUUGCCAUGCUGAGCCUCAUGGACCAGCUUCCAGGGACACAAUAUCACGUUGGAUAAAACAAACCAUGAAGGAUGCGGGAAUUGAUACUACGGUUUUCAAACCCCACAGCACUAGGGGUGCCUCUACUUCAGCAGCUAAAGCAUUGAAUGUUCCUGUUCAGGUUAUAAUGAACACUGCUGGAUGGCGUUCUGAUUCUACUUUUGCCAAAUUCUAUGAUCGCCCUGUCCUCACUGCAAACAACUUUGCUGCAGCAAUUCUGGGAGAUAAGAAAUAA